AUGUUGGGCAGGCGGGCGGGCGGGCGGGUGCCUUCCGCGGCGUCGGCGGCGGUUGAGGGUGCGCCGGCGCCGCUCAAGGGCGCCACAGAUCGCCUGCCGCUCUGCGUGGCCGCCGAAGAGCAGUCUUCUGCGGACGGCAUGGCCGAGACGUCGUGCUCUUCUGGCUCGCACACGACGGCGUCCACCCCGCUGAGUAGGUGUCGCCGCUCCACCUCCGACCUGACCGACCUGAUGGAGGAGGUGCCCUCCUCGCCGGGCCCCUACCAGGGCCGCUCGCAGUCUUCUUCGCGCCGCCAGAGCAUCAGCAGGCCGCGCUCGCCCUCCGUCGCCGGCACCUCAGGCUCGCGCACCGGACUUGCCUACCUGGCCUCACGCCGCAGCAGCCGCGACUCGCAGGCCUCCGAGGAACUCGGCCCCUUGGCCUUCAACAGGUACAGGCAGCGCAGGACGUCCAACUUUCUCGAGCUGCCAGUUCCCGACCACGUACGUCCACGCGUGUGCAGCCUGCCAGAGAAGCCGUACAACCCCCGCUCAGGGGACGAUAUUUAUCGACUGCGCACCUUCAGCAUCACCAACAAGGGGGUCAUCAACUGUGGCGACUCGUUCAUUUCUCGCAGGUCCAAGUCCAACACCAGCGUCAAUUCUGCCUCUAGCAGACACAGCAAUGCGAGCGGCGUGAGUCCUGGAGAGCGAUCGCCGUUCGAGGGCUCCUGCUGCGGUUCCAGUUACGUGAGCUCGGAAGCGAGCGGCAACGAAGUGGCCAAACACCGGGUGGUGCUGCUCGGCGACGCCGGCGUCGGCAAAACUGCCCUAGUGUCGCAGUUCAUGACCUCCGAGUAUAUGAACACGUACGACGCCUCCCUAGAUGACGAGUUUGGCGAGAAGUCGGUGUCGGUGCUGUUGGACGGGGAGGAAUCGGAGAUUAUUUUCAUCGAUCACCCGAGCAGCGAGAUGUCGGUAGAGAACUCACUGUCCACCUACGAGCCACACGCUUGUGUAGUGGUUUAUUCCGUGACAGACAAGGCGUCAAUCAAAGUCGCCGAGGACAUUCUGCAUUAUUUAUGGAGGCAGAAUUUCACCCAAGAAAAGUCUGUAAUCUUAGUCGGCAACAAGGCUGAUCUCGCGCGAGCCAGAGUUGUGCCUACAAUAGAGGGAAAGUCGCUCGCAAGCUCUCUAAACUGUAAGUUCAUUGAAACGUCAAGCGGCCUGCAGCACAAUGUUGACGAGCUGCUCGUCGGCAUCCUGAAGCAGAUUCGGCUGAGGGACAACCGCGACAAGAAGCAGAAACAGCGGCAGGGCAGUACCAAGAGCACCGCCAGCAGCAAGCCUAAGAAGAGUUUGUAUGGGUCGAAAACCACGCUCUCCCUCAACAUCGCUCGCGAAAUCCUCAAUAAAAUGUGUAUCAAUGAUCCUAAGUCAAAGUCAUGCGAGAAUCUGCACGUUCUCUAAGGAGCACAGCUCACAGGAACAACAUAUCCCUUGAAAUUAAAUGAGGACCACCUUCCCUCGAAACAACUCGCGGUAAGCAGGACAGUGCCCCUUUUUCGUUUCAAAUCUCUGUACUGGCGAUGGCACCGCCGGAACGCGCGGGUUGCGGCAGGAAAUUUCUUUUGUAAAAAUUCAUGAUCUCAAUGGCCUUCCAUGGAUGACCAAAAUUUCUCUUGUUUAGAACGUAUAUAACGCUGAUCUGGUGCUGACGAAGAGUGUGCUUAAUUCUAAAUAAAGUCUGUUGACCAAUCUGGUCACGCUUAAGGACUGGAGGUGGUUGGCACGAAAAAGUAGGUUUCCAAACAGCCUAAUUGAACAAAGAUAUUAUUGCAUACAUGUUGCAGGAUUAAUUACGUUUUGUGUUGAGUGUGUCAACUCUUCGUCUCCCCUAUUCAUUGGUCAUUUACGUUUUUCAUCAUUGUUAUUCAAGAUGACUGCCAGGGUAAAUAAGAGUGCAUUGAGUGCGAAAAAGAAUAAUAUUUUUAUUUUUCUUUUAAAAUAUAGAUUUAGAAAAAAAUGCCGCACGCUUUGACAAUUUCGCUAUCAAUUGUUUCAUCAUAAAGGCACAAAUUAUCAUUGAAUAAUUACGUUUAGCCACUUAAAAAUAAUUCAGUCUUAUUACAUGGAUGGAUUAUAGACAUUUACAAACUAUUAUAUUUUGUAUACUUGAGUAAAUUAAAUCUUUCUUUGUAUUUUCAUAAUACGGAAAAGCGAUUAAGAAAAUUUUCAGUAUAAUAUUAUCAAUGUCAAUAUAAUAAAGUUAGGCACAGCUGGCAUAAAAUGGAAUAACGUUAAGAUAAUUAGCAUUCAAAGAGGAAGUUUUUGUAAGUACAUUUUCUAUCCUUGAGCAAGUGAUAGCAGCCCUCCUUCAAUAGACAUGAAAAUGUUUGAUUGCUGUUUACAUAUGAUGUGUACUGUGAUAAUCCUUAUACAGAGUUAUAGACAAAUAAAUAAAGAGAGUAUUCAAUGUUA